AUGGGCUCAGGAGUCGUGUUCAAAUCGACGUACACCAACAAAACAGAUGUCCCCCAGGAACACACGUUCAUCAUGAACAAGCAGACAGAAGCCACACUGACCAGCACCUUGACCAAAGGUUUUACCACUGAUGGCAUUGUUGGUAUAAAGGUGAAGGUACCAGACGUCGUCUCCAACGCCACCAGCACCUUCGGCACGGACGUGUCCAUCGCAGAAGACGACAUGAGCAUUGUGAAACACUUGCUGGAUUGGUCCUCAAAAACCAAGGUAAACGUUGCACCGGGGGAGACGAUAGUGACGGAGCUGAGGAUCAGUGAAACCAAAUGUAAAGUCCAGUUUAACUCGACGGUCGCCAUGAAAGGCCGGGUGAUUGCCCGCGUGUACAGGGCCGACAGACAGAAUCCAAAGGUGAUGCAGUCGCCGCUUGCUACCAUCCUGUCUGACGACGAGACUGUAUCACAGAGGUCUGAUCUCUGUAUCGACUUGGACACCGGGAAGGUGACCUGGGACAUGUCAGGCUCUCUCCACUUCCGGUUCGGCGUGUCUCAGGACUGUGUGGUGUACGCCUUGGAAACAGAUAAUCCUCCAGUUACAAAAUGA